AUGGCCUCCGGAACCAAAACAUCAAAGAAAGACGUCGCACCUCGAAACGGAACAGGAUACCUCUUCGCCGCCAUUUUUGCGGCACUCUCCCUGCUCGCCGUGUACAUGCUCCGCAUCGCGUCCAUCAGAUCCGGCGUGGCCGACAAAAUGGAACACAUCACCACCAUCAACCAAUUCAUCGAACACCCGCUGCGCCUUCGCACCACCUACACUGGGCUUGCGCCGCUGGACAAAGGUCUCUCGUUUCUGGUCGCAGCCUUCAUGAACGGCGCCGCCGGAUGGGACCAGGGCUUCUUCGUCUUCAUGAUGUAUUUUCUGUUCUCGUUCUUCCCGAUCGUGGCUAUCUGGGCGAUCGAGAGCUGCAGGGAGAGGAACGGACUUGCUUGGACGAGAUUUACCAGCAUAUAUGCGCUGUUCUACCAAACAGUUGGCGGAGCGAUCAUCGUCCCGAUAUACUAUUUGGCGUAUCUAUACGAUACGUCUUCCAACCAAUACUGGAGGAAGCCACGACGCGUCUCACUCCCCUACGCCAAAGCUUUGCUUCCGUCAGUGGUCAUUGGAUACUUGGUCCCUACGGUCCUGAUGUUCCUGCCCUACUCGGCGCCCGAUUUGUGGACGACCCAGGCCAUGGUGGCUCUCUGGCAGCCAAGUCCCUGGUACGUCGAUGCCUUGGUGGGGCUGUUGGCGAGAUUCUAUUCGGGCAGCGUCUCUGGGACCAUCGUCCGGCCGAAGGAGGAGCAGGAGCAGAAAGCUUCCUCCCGGCACAACGACGUCCGAUACCUCAAUCGCAUCUACACGGUCUCCUUCGCCGUCGCCGCGCUGUCCCAUGCCGCCGUUGUCCUGAUAUGUCUCUUCUCCCCCGACCCGCAGCACUCGUUCCAGCACAUGUUCCUGCCCCCGGCCGCGGCCGACGUCCAGGCCUCGCUGGUCCAGGGCAUCCACGGCAUCUUCCAGGCCGACUACUGGAUCAUUUUUGGCGCCUCCUUGGCGUGGGCCUACCUGGCGAUCUGGGACCUGAAAAGGGCGGGGUUGAGGCACGAUGUGAAUCUCGGUACGGCGCUGGGGGCGAUGGCCCUGGGCUGCGUGGUCUUGGGCCCUGCAGCCACGGUCACACUGGUGUGGUGGUGGAGGGAGGGUGUUUUGGUCGCGGCGGAGCGUACAUAG